AAAAUCGUUCUGUCGCCGUAAGAAAUCGCCGUAAAAAGUGGAUAAUUCUUCAUUUUCGGCAUUUUUGUGCGCGUUGGAAAAGUAAGUCCGGAAAGUGCAAGAUACUGGGAAAUCCAGCCACCAGGUGUAGUGCGAAAAAGACGUGGCUGAAAUUGAGGGUUUGACGACGACGACGACGAAGACAACGUGUCAGGUUUACUUUCGCCGGGUUUCGCGAAGCGUGCGCGAUUCGAGAGUGAGUCCGUGUCCGUGUCGAAAUCGCACGCAAUCCUGUCGCAGCCUACGCGCCUAGUGUUGGGUUCCCUCGGUGAUCGGGAAAGUGAAGGAACCGCAAGAUGGGAAAGGCCAAGAAAGGCAAGCAGGAAGUCGUCUCGGCUGCGGCCGGUAGUGGGCUAGAGGAGAACGAAUCUGAGAUCAUCCAGCAGACUGAAGUGACGGAAACGGAGCUCGAAAACCGGAAGAAUGAGGGCAAAAAAUCGAAGAAGGGAAAGAAGGCAAAGAAGGCUGCCUCUGAGAGCGAUGAAGAGGCCGGUGGCGAGCAGGAUGAUCCUGUGGUGGCACCGGUAGUGGAGGCCGUGAAGAAGCUAGCCGUAAGCAACAAAGCAAGCAAGAAGGAAAAGAAGGCGGAAAAGGCUGCUGCUGCAGCUGAGUCCGCGGAUGAAGAACAGGAAAGCGAUGCGAAGUCGAAAAAGCAGAAGGGCAAGGCGGCCGGUCCCGUUGGCUUUUCGUUGCUUAUGAUGGACGAUGAUGACGAGGAGAAUGAGGAAGACGCUGGCCGAGACGGUGCCGAUGAUGACGGUGAGGAGAAGCAGGCGCAGAGCAAGAAAAGUACCAAGAGUGGCAAAAAGGCGAAGGCCGCUAACAAGAAGGCUGAGGAAGCCUCGACCGUGGAGCCCAAGGAAACGGAGGCAGCCGAAGCCACGGAGAGUGGCAAGGCAGGAAAGAAAAGCAAAAAGAAGAAGAAGAAAGCCGAUGAGGAGGAUGAUGAGAUCGAGCGAAUGCUGGCUGAGCUGAACAUGGAGUACUCUGGCCAGAAGGCACCGGAAGAGCCCCAACAGUCGCAGCAGCAGCAACCCUCGGAGUCGAAGAAAAAGGAUAAAAAGAAAAAAAAGGACACAACCGAGACUGAGUCUGGUGCAACGGUGGAGCAAGUGGCCACUGAGGAACCAGCAACCGGUGAGGCCCCGGUAAAGACGGCGGCUGAAAAGAAGAAGGAGAAAAAGGAACGUCAAAGGGCGGCCAAGGAAGAUGGGCAACCAUCAGCCGAAGAUCCGCCAGCGGCUAGCUCGGUGGAGGCAACCGAGCCAGAGACUGGCAAAAAGGGUGGCAAAAAGAAAGCCGGUGGCAAGAAGGAGGAGACUGGUGCAGUAGCCGAACCGGCCACGAAGGAAGAACCCAGUGCCACGUCGACUACUGAUGAAGCAGCGGCGGAUGGUGCUAGUGGCACAGCCACUAGUGCAGCCGCUGAUGGCAAGAAGAAAAAACCGAACAAAGCGGCUCUCGCUGUGAUGCAAGAACGACUGAAGGCCAUCCGCGAGGAAGAGGAGCGGAUGCGCAAGGCGGAGGAAGAGAAACGAUUGCUCGAGGAGCAGGCGGAAGCGUACCGACUGGAGCAACUGCGCCUGGAACAGGAACGCAAGGAGCAGAAGAAGCAACGCGAGAAGGAGCGCCGCGAUCGGCUUAAGGCCGAAGGAAGGCUACUGACGGCCAAGCAGAAGCAAGAUCGGGCACGAGCACAGGCCAUGCUCGAAGCACUUAAGGCACAGGGUGUCGAGAUACCGGAGGCAACGACGGAGAAGCGGGUGCGUCCGGGAACGCGCAUCCGUCCGAAGAAGAACCAGGAGAAGGAGUCGGAAUCGAAGGAAGCAUCUCCGGGUGACGGUGACGAGAAGGAACCGGAAAUCAAGGAAGAAGAAGUGCCAAAAGUGAAAGAAGUAAAGGAAUCUUGGGAUGCAUCGGAUAGUGAAGAAGAGCCAGCGAAGGAGGAGGAACAGUCGCCGGCCCCAGCGGAAGCGCCUGCAAAGGGGUCUGAGGUAAAGCAAAAGCAGAAGCAAAAGUCUGUCGACGAAGACGAGGAAGACGAUAACGAUGGAGAGGACGAUGGUGACGAUGAUUCCGAGGACGACGACGACGACGACGAUGAUGAUGAUGAGUCUGACUCGGAUGAAGACGAUUCAGAUUCCAGUUCCGAAGGGGGCAAUCGAAGAAAGGAAGCAGAAAAGAUGCGCCAACGGGCCUUGGAUCGGAUUGCGAAGCGGACGCAGGACGCGGAGAAGAAACGAACGCUCGAUCAUCUGCGAGCGGCGGUCGUCUGUGUGCUCGGUCACGUCGAUACGGGCAAGACGAAGAUUCUGGACAAACUGCGUCGCACGAACGUACAGGAUGGUGAGGCGGGCGGUAUAACGCAGCAGAUCGGUGCUACCAAUGUGCCGGCGGAAAACAUCAAGGAGCAGACGAAGUUCGUCAAAGGGUUCGCCGAUCUGCAGUUCCGGUUACCCGG